GGCCUGCAUAGGGGCCUGAGAUUACCGAGCGCCGCGCCAGGCUGCGACGGAUAAUGGGAGAGCGAAUGUUUCCUUUUGACUCUUCGCUUUAGACCCCGGAGUGAGAGACUCUUAAGGCUCAGAUUAAUAGGGUGAUGCACAGAGUUAGGACCCUGUAGAGCCUUUUCCCCGUCUUCCGUCACUCGCUCAGGCACGCCGAGGGCAGCCUCUCUAGGGUCCUCGUGGCCAGCCAAGAUGGCUGCCUCCGCGGUGACGGCUGUGCGAGGGUGGUCGGGCUUGCUGCUGGGUGUGCGGAGUGUUGUCCGGAGGCUUCCAGGGCUAACCCAGGUGAGGUGGAGCCGCUAUGGUCCUGAAUGCCAGGAUCCCCAGAUUGACAAGGAAUAUUACCGCAAGCCCUUGGCCGCGCUGACUGAGGAGGAAAAGUAUGAGAGGGAGCUCAGGAAGACUCAGGUUAUCAAAGCUGCCCCUGCGACGAGAACAAGCUCUGUGUUUGAAGACCCAGUGAUCAGUAAAUUCACCAACAUGAUGAUGAAAGAAGGAAACAAAAUACUGGCCAGAUCCCUCAUGACACAGACUCUGGAAGCUGUGAAAAGGAAACAGUUUGAGAAGUACCACGCUGCUUCUGCAGAGGAACAGGCAACCAUUGAACGCAACCCUUACACCAUCUUCCACCAAGCACUGAAAAACUGUGAGCCUGUGAUUGGGCUGGUAUCCAUCCUCAAGGGUGGCCAUUUCUAUCAGGUCCCUGUGCCGCUAGCCGACCAGCGUCGCCGCUUCCUGGCCAUGAAGUGGAUGAUCACUGAGUGCCGGGAGAAGAAGCACCGGCGGAUGCUGAUGCCGGAGAAGCUGUCCCGGGAGCUGCUGGAGGCUUUUCACAACCGGGGCCCUGUGAUCAAGAGAAAGCACGACACGCACAAGAUGGCCGAGGCCAACCGCGCACUGGCCCACUACCGCUGGUGGUAACGGGGGGCAGGGGAGCCGGGAGGAGCCCAGCGCGCUGCCUUACGGAGUGGCGUGAGCCACUGCCACGUCGCAAAAUACCUGUGGGUUAAGCGUAUACUUGCCUUUCAGGGGCAGGCGGGCCUCAUAAGGAUGGAGCAGCACGUUUAUUGCUUGUUAGUCCUUUCUGGGGGGGCUAGAACUCGCUCUCCCUGCCCCAUCUCCUUGCAAAGAGGGGACAUAUCAACUUGGAUUUUCCCCAAGAAACUUAGGGCUCAUCCAGCCCUUCUCUUCCUUCAGCUUGGGGUGGACCUUUGGUUGAUACGAAAGGAAGCAGUUUUAGUAUCAGGAAAAGUUUAUUAGAAAAUGCUCAUCCUGAGCUGGUGUAGCAUGUGAUGUGGUGUUGCCAUUCAUUAAAACCAACGGGAGGAAACGUG